CCCGAGGCGCUGCAGCAGGCGGCGGCGCAGCGCAUGCAGCGGCUGCUGGUGACAGGGCGGCGGGGGGAUGCGCUCAAGGUGGCUACGGAGGCGGGUUUGUGGGGCCCCGCACUGCUCCUCGCCUCCUCCCUCAGCCCCGACGGCCGAGCCUUCCAAGAAGCAGCUGCCGCAAUGGCGCAAGCGCUGCUGCUGCCGGGCACACCCGCACGUACACUUGCUCUCGUACUGGCGGGCCGGCCGGAUCUCGUACAUGCUGCUGCCGUACAACAGCCUCCUCUUUCUCCUGAUGUCUUGGGUGGCGGCGCCGGCGGUGGCGGCGGCGGCGGAGGAGGGUUUGUUGGCGGCUCCGCCGGUAGCUUCAGCGGCUUCGGACCUCCGCCGCCUAUGUUCGGCGUCGCGGCGGCGCUAGCACCUCCGCCGCCGGCAGCGCACCUGCCCCCCGCGGGCUUUUACAACCCGACGACGUCUGCAAGCACGACAGUCAGCGGCUACGCUGGCGGCGGCGGCGGAGGAGGUAGCGGCGGUGGCGGCGGCGGGCGGGGAGGUGGCAUGCUGUCGUGCUGGCAUGAGCACCUGUCGGUGUUGCUGACCAGCAGGGGCCCGGUGGACGCCUCGGAGGCUGUCGUACGCUUGGGAGAUCGGCUGCGGUCGGAGGCGGGACAGGUCCUGGCGGCGCACCUCUGCUACAGCCUCGCUAGCUGCCCCCCCGCACUGCCCGACUCCCCUGACUGCCGCUACAGCCUGCUAGGAGCCAGCGCUACAGCCCUGCCGUACAUGCCAUUCGCCGACGGCGGCGCCGCCUUUAAGAGAACCGAGGUGCUGGAAUGGCUUCUAAUGAAACAAGCGGCGACGGCGGUAGGAGCGACAGCGGGGGCCGGUGGAGGAGGCGUAACGGCUUCAUCUUCCGGCGCGGCCGGCGGCGCCACCGCCGCCGAUGCCGUACUUGUUCAAAUGGCCCCGCUGCUGCCGUACAAGCUGUUGUACGCCUGGAGCCUUGUGGAGUACGGCAAGAUCACGGAGGCGUUGCAGUACUGUACGGCAAUUGAGGCGGCGCUGCGGACGGGGGGUGCGGCGAUGGCUGCUAUGAUCGCACCACAGCAGCAGCAGCAGCAGCAGCAGGUGGUUGGGGGCCAACAGACUGGG